UUUUUAAAUUAAAUGCCAUUUCAGAUGCAUAUACCUGAGGUAUAUACUAGGUCUAAUACUUGUCAUCUGUCACAGUAAUGUCAAUGUCAAAGGCCACCUUACCCUCCCUCCUGAGCCUUCCUUUCCCCUUUCCUUCCGAAACAUCAACCAUGGCGGCCGGGGUACUUUAUACUUAUCCGGAAAACUUCCGUGCCUAUAAGGCGUUGAUCGCCGCCCAAUACUCCGGGGUGGACUUGAAAGUAUCACCGGACUUUGUAUUCGGUGAGACGAACAAAUCGGAAGCGUUCCUGAAGAAGUUCCCGGCGGGUAAAGUACCCGCCUAUGAAAGUGCUGACGGGAAAGUACUGCUCACGGAGAGCAAUGCUAUUGCCUACUACGUAUCAAACGAUGCGUUGCGUGGUGCCAACCGUGAAACACAAGCGCGCGUGUGGCAAUGGGCGUCGUGGGCAGACAGCGAGCUGCUUCCUGCGUCGUGCGCGUGGGUUUUCCCCUACCUGGGCAUCAUGCAGUUCAACAAGCAGAACGUGGAGCGCGCGAAGGCGGACUUGCUCGGCGCGCUGCGCGUGCUCGACGCGCACCUGCUCACGCGCACCUUCCUCGUGACGGAGCGCGUGUCGCUCGCCGACAUCGUGGUGUUCAGCACGCUGCUGCACGCCUUCCGCCACGUGCUGGAGCCGGCGCUGCGUUCGGAGCUGGUGAACGUGACACGCUGGUGGCGCACAGUCGCCGCUCAGCCGCAAGUGGCCGCCGUCGUCGGCGACGCGCCGCUCUGUGCCGAACCACCACAUUACGACCCUAAGAAGUUCCAGGAACUCGCACACCCCAAGAAGGACUCUAAGAAAGACAAGAAGGCUGAGAAAAAGGAGCAAACCAAAAAGAAAGAGCAAGCUGCAGAGCCUGCUCAUGAUGAUUUGGAUGAGCUUGAAGAGAAACCCAAAGAGUCAAAGGAUCCUUUUGACUCCAUGCCUAAAGGAACCUUUAACAUGGAUGAUUUCAAACGUUUCUAUUCAAAUGAAGACGAAGCCAAGUCUAUCCCCUAUUUCUGGGAAAAGUUUGACCCUGAGAACUACUCCAUCUGGUACGCAGAGUACAAAUACCCAGAGGAGUUAGCCAAAGUAUUCAUGAGCUGCAACCUCAUCACCGGCAUGUUCCAGCGGCUAGACAAAAUGCGCAAGCAAGCGUUCGCGUCUGUCUGCUUGUUUGGUGAAGACAACAACUCCACCAUCUCAGGAGUGUGGGUGUGGCGCGGCCAGGAGCUCGCCUUCCCCCUCUCCUCUGACUGGCAAGUGGACUACGAGUCAUACGACUGGAAAAAACUAGACCCAGCCAGUGAAGAGACCAAGAAAUUGGUUGCCGACUAUUUUUCGUGGAGCGGCACCGACAAAGCGGGUCGCAAGUUCAACCAGGGCAAGAUCUUCAAGUAAACGCCCUCGCCGGUGUAUACAACUCGUGCAUUUAUUUGUGAUGCUCUGAUCCGUGUAUCGGUAACUCAUUUUUACUAAAGCCAACUUGUAUAUUAAAUUAAAAUGUUUUAUUUA